AUGAAAUCUGAUUUUAAGUUUUCUAAUCUUUUGGGUACAGUUUACUCCCAAGGUAACUUGGUAUUUACAGAAGAUGGAACCAAAUUAUUGAGUCCUGUCGGUAACAGAGUCUCAGUUUUUGACCUUCUAAAUAACAAAUCAUACACUUUACCUUAUGAACACAGAAAAAACAUUGCUAGAAUUGCUUUGAACAAGCAAGAAACUUUACUUUUAUCGGUAGAUGUUGAUGGAAGAGCUAUCUUGGUUAAUUUCAAUGCUCGUACAGUUUUACAUCAUUUCAAUUUUAAAGACAAAGUUCAAGACUUAAAAUUCACACCAGACUCUCGUCAUUUUGCUAUUGCUUGUGGGAGAUUUAUUCAAGUUUGGAAAACUCCAGAUUAUACUGAAGAUAGACAAUUUGCACCAUUUGUUCGCCAUAGAAUUUACGCUGGACAUUUUGCAGAUGUUACAUCAAUCACAUGGUCAAGUGAUUCUAGAUUCUUUGUUUCCACAUCAAAGGAUUUAACUUCAAGAAUAUUUUCAUUGGAUUCUGAAGAAAGUUCUGUUGCCAUGACAUUUGCUGGUCAUAGAGAUUCAGUGAUAAAUGCCUUUUUUUCAGCUAAUCAAGAAAUCAUUUACACCAUAAGUAAAGAUGGUGCUUUAUUUCAAUGGGAAUAUACUAAAAGACCAAGUGAUGAUUCAGAUGAUGAAGACUCGGAUGAAGAAGUUGAUGAAUCUAAAAUGAGUUGGAGAAUCACCCAAAAGCAUUUUUUCUUUUCUGAAGCUAAUGUCAAAUGUGCAGCUUUCCAUCCAGAAAAUAACUUGUUAGUUGUUGGUUUCACAAAUGGUGAAUUCCGUUUAUAUGAACUUCCAGCUUUCAAUAUGAUACAACAAUUAAGUAUGGGUCAAAAUGAAGUUAAUACUGUUAACAUCAAUAAAACUGGGGAAUGGUUAGCUUUUGGUUCAGCCAAAUUGGGACAAUUAUUAGUCUAUGAAUGGCAGUCAGAAUCAUAUAUUCUAAAACAACAAGGUCAUUUUGACUCCACAAAUGCUUUAGCAUAUUCACCAGAUGGUUCAAGAGUGGCCACUGCUUCAGAUGAUGGUAAAAUCAAGAUAUGGGAUGUCGUUUCCGGUUUUUGCUUAAAUACUUUUGAAGAACAUACAUCUGCUGUUACUGCUGUUAGAUUUGCUAAAAAAGGCCAAGUUUUAUUUUCAGCAUCCUUGGAUGGAACUGUUAAAGCUUGGGAUUUAAUAAGGUACCGUAACUUCAGAACUUUUACAGCUACAGAAAGAAUCAAAUUCAAUUCUUUAGCUGUUGAUCCAAGUGGUGAAGUUGUCUGUGCAGCAUCUCAAGACACUUUUGAUAUAUAUGUUUGGUCCGUUCAAACAUCACAAUUGGUUGAUACCCUAGCUGGUCAUGAAGGUCCUGUUUCUUGUUUAUCCUUUGGUGUUGAAAACAGUGUGUUGGCAAGUGCAAGUUGGGAUAAAACUGUUAGAGUUUGGAGUCUCUUUGGACGUACACAACAAGUUGAACCUUUUGAAAUAUACUCAGAUGUGUUGGCUAUUGCAAUGAGACCUGAUUCUAAAGAAAUUGCAGUGAGUACUUUAAGUGGUCAAAUUCAGUUUUGGGAUGUUGAAAAUGCAAAACAAACUGGUAAUAUCGAUGGCCGUAAAGAUAUAAUAAGUGGAAGAUACUUGGAGGAUAGAUUUACAGCUGCUAAUUCAUCAAGAGCUAAGGCAUUCACAACCAUAGAUUAUAGUUUCGAUGGUUUAACUUUGGCAGCUGCAGGUAAUAAUAACUCCAUUUGCCUCUAUGAUAUUCCUAAUGAAGUUUUGUUAAGAAGAUUCACUGUUUCUUUGAAUAUGGAACUGAAUGGUACACAACAAUUUUUGAAUAGUUCUAGAUUAACAGAUGCUGGAUCUUUAGAUUUGCUAGACAGAGAUGGUGAAAAUUCCGAUUUAGAAGACCGUUUAGAUAAUUCAUUACCGGGCUCAAGACGUGGUGAUCCAUCAUUAAGAAAAACAAGACCAGAAAUCAGAGUCGCUUCUAUUCAAUUUUCACCAACUGCUGCCUCGUUUGCUGCUGCUUCUACUGAAGGUAUUUUGAUCUUUUCGAUUGAUGAUCGUGUUAUUUUUGAUCCAUUUGAUCUAGAUAUGGAUGUUACUCCAGAAUCAACACUCGAAAUGCUAAAAGAAAAAGAUUACUUGAGUGCAUUAGUGAUGUCAUUCAGAUUAAAUGAAAGAUAUUUGAUACACCAAGUUUAUGAAAGUAUACCGGUUGUUGAUAUAAAAUUAGUUGCAAAUAAUAUUCCUGUCGUUUAUGUUGAGAGGUUAUUGAACUUUAUUUCAUCAAUUGCAAUGACUUCACCACAUAUUGAGUUCAAUUUGAUAUGGAUCAAAGCCAUAAUAUCUGCACAUGGUAAAUAUAUUAACACUCAUAAGCAUGAAUUUGCUUCUGCUUUGAGAGGUGCCCAAAGAUUCAUCGCUAGAAUUGCUAAACAUAUAGUGAGAACUUCAAAGGAUAAUGAAUAUUCAUACUUGUUCCUUUCCACAACGGUUACAUCUGAAGUUGAUGAAGAAGUUGAUGAAGAUAACAUCAUCGUUGAUGCCUCUGGUGAUGAGAAUAGUGAGAGUGAUAUUGACCAAGAUGAAGAAGAUGACGAAGAUGGUGGUUGGUUUGACAGUGAAAAGACUCAAAAAUACAACAACGAGUCUGACGAUGACUCUGACGAUGAAGAGUUGGACUAA